AUGUCUAUUCAUAUUAUUAUGAUUAUACCAUUGUUAUCAUUGAUAUUUCCAUUCAUUUAUUGUUCAUCGAAUUAUACUGUUGAAACAUUUCCGGAUUCAUUAGUUAGACCGGAUCUUUGUAAUCUUAGCUCUCCAGGAUUUGCAUGUGAUCCGGAUCAAUUACUAAAACGUUUCAAUCAUACACUUUCCGGAGCAGAAUAUUUAUCAAAGCAUUUGCAACGAAUUCGUUAUGCGACAAAUUGUCCAUGCCUGGAUGUGGAUAAAUCGUAUGGUUAUUGUCCUCCAAAUAAUUCACAUGGAUAUACAAUAUCAAUUGCUAUUAUCAGAUCAAUUGGAAUGAACGGUGAUAAGACGAUGAAUGGAGAGGAUCUGAAUCAUACAAUUCAGAUAUUUGCUGAAAUGUUACGACGACGACAAAACCGUGGUCAAUGUGCUGAUGAUGCAUUGAUUGUUGCAGUUGCUGAUUGGAAAGCUGUUUAUACAUCAGUGGGUGAAGUGAUAGGAAGAGCUCUCACAUCAAAUAUUAUCAUGAGAAUAAAUCGAGAAGCUGAAUCACUAUUUGCUAAUGCUAAUUAUCUUUAUGGAUUAACAUUUAUGGUGAAUCGUUAUGGACAAAUUUUACAACAUUCGAUGCAAUCUCCUGAGAUAAAGUCUUGGUGGAUGAUAUGGUCACGUGUAAUGGACAGUUGGCUUAAUAUUUUUCUCAGUUUAAUUGUCAUCAUUAGUUUUAUAAUACUUGUUAUCCUUGUUAUUAUACGAUUUUGUUGUAGUGAAAAACAAUCAUAUACAGUGGGUAGGCAAUUCAUUGAUUGA